AUGGCAGAUCGCGAACUGAUGCUUCGUCAGGUUUUAGAUAGGAAGAUUGAGGACGUUUGCGUACGGUUGGAUGUGCCCCGAACAGCAGUGCAUUUUAUCGAGAAUUACCACAGCGGUGUGCUGAACCUUGAGCAGGAGGCAACGUGUACUGUACUAUCACGCGAGACGUCCAUUCUUAACACUUUCAGAGUUGGGAGACAAUGGGUCUGA